AUGUGCAAGCACAAGGCCUGGAGUUCAAAUCCCCAGCAAGACGUCUGUCCCCCCACCAUCAGCCACAUUCUCAGCCCGACCUUGCUCUUCAACUUGGCAAAAAUGUCCAGGCCUACAGAGACUGAGGGAUGCAUGGAGUCCCUGAUUGCUGAUUUCCAAAAGUACAAUGGGAAGGCUGGGAACAGCUGUCAACUCUCCAAAACUGAGUUCCUCGCCUUCAUGAACACAGAGCGGGCUGCCUUCAUGAAGAACCAGAGGUACCCUGAUGUCCUUGACCACAUGAGGAAGAAACUGGACCUCAACCGUGAUAGGCAGCUAGAUUUCCAAGAGUUUCUCAACACUAUUGGUAGCUUAGCUAUAGCGUGCCUUGAGUCCUUCUUCCAAACUUCCAAAAAGUGUAUCUAG